AUGACCAAAGUGGUGACCUAUGUGCUGACCAAAGUGGUGACCAAUGCCAUGACCAAAGUGCUGACCAAUGCCAUGACCAAAGUGCUGACCAAAGUGUUGACCAAAGUGUGGACCAAGGUGCUGACCAAAGUGUUGACCAAGGUGCUGACCAAAGUGGUGACCAAUGCUGUAACCAAAGUGCUGACCAAUGUGUUGACCAAAGUGCUGACCAACCACCUGACCAAGUUGAUGGUCACGGCAGCGGUGACAUGGUCACAGCAGCGAUGA